CAGUAGUCGGAUAUGAGAGGACAGUUGCGACUGCACAGAUGCAGUGUUGAUGACCGUGGUGUCUUGCUUGUUGCUGGGCCGCUGCCUGGAAACGGCAGUGGUUGCUGGGAUGGUGUAGGGGCCAGCGUGGGUUUCCCCGGUGAAACGAAGCACUUCAGUUGGGAGUCACGUAUCAACGGGCCCCAUUCCCCGGCAACGCACCUGCAACUGCAGCAGCAACCACAGCAACCCCACCAACAGCCCCAACAACACCCACAAACCAGCACACGACUUUGCAGCACAAAGACUGCACACAAGACUUUGCUCCACUGCCCUAACCGUGCUGCAAUAAGUUUUUUGUGACUUCCUGCCUCUGUUGCUCGCUGCCCACCGCAAGGCAUGGCGGCGGCGAGGGUGCGCUCACUCAAACCAGUGAGUGGCGCUGGGCAGGUUGUGCACCACUUUCUUUCGUCGUGCCACUUGAUCACAUCGCUCGCAGACACAGACACAGACAUACACCACCCCAUACAGAAGCUCCGUGUGUGCGUGUGACUGCAAGCACGACUGACCGAUACAAGACAACCCACACUCGCUUCCAUUCCCCUUUGUGUUUGCUGUGUUGAACAAGCUGCUUGGCCGGUCUUCAUCAAUUGGCAGAGCAGCAACCUGCACUCAUGAAGGUCAUGAAGGCUGCACUCAUGGCCGCGUUUGUCGUGGCCUUAUUCCUGCUGAAUGGAGCCCUCUCCAUGCCAAUCACGCCGCCAGGCCACCCCGCCCUGGCUUACUAUCCGCUGAACGAGCAAACGGGCACCACCGCCCAUGAAAUCAUUGCCGGCCGCCACGGUGGGUACGUGAACGGCCCCACGCUCGGUGAGAGCGGUGCCGUGAUGGGGUCGUUGGCACCGCGCUUCACGCCCGCAGACAACUCGUACGCGGUUGUGCCGCACUCGAGCGACUACGAGCGCGGGGACAUCACCAUCUCGCUGUACUACCUGACGACGGAGACAAGCACGGGGAUGGUGCAGGGCAUCCUGAGCAAGACGGACCCAUACCGGACACGGCACGGGGACGUGGAGGUGUACCUGGAUGGGCCGCGGCUUGUAGUGCGCGCGUACGGGCGCGAUGGGAUGCUGCACGAGAUCCGGAGCGAGCUUCCUGUUGGGGCGUUUAGGUGGCGGCACCUUGUGCUGUCGUACACGGCUGGACGCCUUGUUGUGUACCUGGACGGUGCUGAGUUUGGCCGGAUUGACGCUGAUGUGUCGCUUGAGUGGAACCGGAAUCACAUGAUCCUCGGCAACACACCGAGCAGGCAGCGCGCCAUCAUGGGUGGCAUCGACAACGUUGGCAUUCUGUGUGGGACGUAUGAUGCUGCUGGAGCACUGGCUGCAUUGGACGGCGCACCUGUGGCCACAACAACGACCACAACCACAACAACGACCACAACCACAACCACAACUACGACGACCACCACGACCACGACGACGACCACCACGACGAUUCGAACAACCACCCGCCCAACAACGACGAUGACGCGAACCCGAUCCGUUACGCGCACGACAACAACACGACCUCGAACGACCACCGUCGCGACUCGUCCUCCCACCACAACUCGAACGACCACGAGGACCACUACCACCACGACAACUACCACAACCACAACCACCACGACGACGACAACAACAACGACGACGACGACGACGACGACUACAACUACUUCGACAACCACGGCGUGCCAGCCUGCUGUCUGCAACUGCCGCCCCGAGGCCAUUCUCGAGUACUACAACUACGACGGCUGCACGCGGUGCCGGUGUUUGCCAAGCGCGCUGCUCACGAUCCACGUCGAGGCAGCCAAUGGCUCUCCACUCAGCGGUUACGGUGUUGAGGUGAGCGGGCGUACACCCCGGUCUGGCAUGACAGACAGCAGCGGCAGCGUCACGUUCCGCGUGGUUCUCGGCGAAGAUUACUCCGUUGUCGUUCGUCGGCCCAAUGACGACGUGCAGGCAAUGGAGGACGUGUAUGUGAAUGAGGCGAUGGAACUGCGAGAAUACAUUGUUGCAACCACCACGACUACAACUACCACGACUACAACAACCACAACAACAACCACAACAACAACCACAACAACUACAACAACCACAACAACUACAGUCACGACAACCACGACAACGACGACAACGACGACAAGCAGCAGCACGACUGCCUCUGGUGACAAUAGCGGUGACACGACCACGACAACAACAAGCACAACUUCAACAACAUCCACCACAACAACUUCCACAACUGAGCCGUCCACCUUCACAACCACCACGACAACCACGACAACCACGACAACGACAACCACCACCACGACUGCAACCACUACCACCACUACAACCACACUGCCGCCACCGCCUUGCUUGGAUCACGCGGCACAGGACAUUGUGCUUCUGCUCGAUUCAUCAUCCAGCCUUGGAUUUAGUGGGUGGCAAGACGUGCAGGCGUUUGGCGCCAACUUUGCGCGCAGCCUUGACAUUGACGAUAACCGUGGACGGCUGGCUGUUGUUGCAUUCUCGACGGAGACGCGGCAGCUGCUUGACCUUGACGAUGUGUACAAUGCCGAUCUCAUUGCAACGCUGAUUGAGAUUUACCCGUUCCUCAACGGCGCCACCGCCACCGCCGCCGCCCUCAAUUUCGUCCACGAUGAUCUGGCCACCAACGUCGCUGCGGGCCGCCGGCCCUGGCUUCCGCUCACGAUCGUCACAGUCACGGAUGGCAUCCCGACAGAGCCGUCGCCGCAAGUCACGGCAGCUGUUCAGGCGCUGCAGGCUGCGGGUGCGCGGCUCGUGGCUGUUGGCGCCGGCCCGGCUGUGCCGCUGUCGACGCUGCAGCUGCUGGGACCCGACGGUGUUGUGCAGGUGCCGCUUGUUGAAGACCUUGCAUCCCUCAGCACAGCGUACGAUGCCAUCAGCACGGCGGUGUGCCCGGUUGUUCCGCCUGCGCAACGCAACGUGAACGUGACGGGCGUGGUGACGCGCACGGACAAUGGCAUGCCGCUUCAGAACGGAGUGGUGGUGGUGAACGGCCCGACAGAUGUGGUCGCUGUUGUCUGCGAUGAUGGCACGUUCACGGUUGAGCUGCUGGAGGGCGGCGAGUACACGCUUGCUGUUGGUGUCAAUGCACCAUAG